AUGUCCUUACCUCAAAAGAAAUACUAUCGUCAACGUGCUCACUCCAAUCCAUUGUCCGAUCACUCGAUUGAGUAUCCUGUUCAACCGGAUACAAUGAAUUGGUCAUCACAUUAUCCAUCCAUCGCUCAGUCCUCCAAACAAUCGACUGACGAUGAAUCAGCAAUUUCAACAAAACGACAAAAACUCGAACAACCUCUCGUCGAAUUCGUCGACGUUGGUUGUGGUUAUGGUGGUCUCCUAGUUUCUCUCUCGCCUCUAUUCCCCGAUAAACUAAUGCUAGGAAUGGAAAUACGUGUCAAGGUACUUGAUUAUGUUCUCGAUCGUAUUCGUGCUCUACGUGAACAACACCCUGGCCAAUAUACAAACAUCAGUUGCCUACGAACGAAUGCAAUGAAAUAUCUUCCAACGUAUUUUCAUAAAGGUCAAUUAAGCAAGAUGUUUUUCCUCUAUCCGGAUCCACAUUUCAAAAAGGCGAAGCACAAAUGGAGAAUUAUCAAUAAACAAUUACUUGCGGAAUAUGCUUAUUUAUUACGUGUUGGUGGUUUAGUUUAUACAUGUACGGAUGUAUUAGAUUUGCAUCAGUGGAUGUGUUCAUGUUUCGAAGAUUUUCCAUUAUUUGAACGAAUAGAUAAUGAUGAUCCAGUGCUAAAGAGUGAUCCGUGUGUAGAGCAUGUUGUUGGCUCGACUGAAGAAGGAAAAAAAGUUGAGCGGAACAAAGGUGAUAAAUAUUUAGCCGUAUUUCGACGAAUUGAAGAUCCGUAUCAAAUGAAGUCUUCGUCGAAGUGA